GUCAAAUCGUAUAAUUUGGAUAGUAGGAUUCGUAGUUACAGCAAAUAACGUUCGUUAAACAAACAAAUGGCUGCUCUCUAAAUGUCCGCGAAUGUGAGUCCGUUAAUAACUAUCAUCAGCCAGGUAGCACCUUGAGAAAAUAGUCGGGGACGUCUAAAUCGACGACAAACCUCUAAUUUCACUCAAAGUCCUCCAAGUCCACGCACAAUCCCAUAAUGCAUCUUUGGCAUUUCUACGGCAGUCAAUCUCUUCCGGGAUAUCUUUGAGGACUUCGUGAAGUUGCAGUUGGCUAACUGUUAUUUUGUGGUAAAAUGCAGCAAAGAGAGGAAAAACAACUGGAAGCCUCCAUAGAGUCGUUAAUAACUCGGGUGGCGCAUCUCAAGAACUCGCUUCAUAGCUUUAUUUUUAAACUGGAGAAUGAAUAUGACAGAUUGACCUGGCCGUCUGUACUGGACAAUUUUGCCCUUUUGUCUGGUCAGCUGAACACCAUCAACAAGCUGCUUAGAAACGAGAAAACUCCUUCCUUCCGCAAUCAAGUCAUAAUCCCCCUUCUCUUGUCUCCAGAUCGAGACGAAGAUCUAGCCAAACUGACUGAGCAGCGCGUGCCCGUAUUCAGCCACGAGAUUGUGCCGGAUCACCUGCGCACCAAGCCAGACCCUGAGGUGGAGGAGCAGGAAAAGCAGCUGAGCGCCGAAGCAGCACGCAUUGGGCCCGAAGUCGCACAGAAACAGAUUCAGACUUUGAAUAAGCUAUGCUCAAACCUACUGGAGAAGCUGAAUAACCCUCGGGAUGACAGGGAAACGGAGAGUGCUGCUUUGCGUCAGAAUAAGCCAUCAUUCAAUCCAGCAGACACCAAUGCACUGGUGGCAGCCGUGGGAUUUGGGAAGGGCCUGUCAGCAAAAUGCCGGCCUCCAGGGCCAGUGCCUCCUGGGCAGCCUGGACAGGGGCCCAUGAUGGCUGGAGGACCUACCCUGCAACAGGUCACCAUAGCUGGGUCAUCAGGCCAACCAUCAGCCAUUGGGGGACCGGUGCCCCCCCAGCAGCCAGGACAGCCAGGAAAAAUGGCAAGCAACAUUAAGACCAACAUUAAGUCUGCAUCAAUGCAGCAUCCCUAUAGAUGAACUCAUUUCUGCAAUUCACUGAAGACAGAUGACACCGAAAAGUAUGCCUAAUUGAGUUAUGGAUUACCCUAAACUGUUGUAAACGUUUGGUCUUUCCGUCAUUAAGUUCUGCAACAUACUACAUUAACUCAAUGCAUUUAAUGUGUCUGGUUAUUUUCUUU